AUGUUCUACGGGCCCAACUUUGACGUUGACACGUACCGUGCCAGUCUUGGUCGCGUUGGCUCCUGGGUUGGCGACUGCGAAAUGUGCCUCGUGGCUAUCCUCUUUGGCGUCAAUAUUACCUCCUUUGCCUGCGUGAAGGAUGCAAACAACGUGAACAAAGCUGUUUCCGUCUUCUCUACUGCAACGACAUUGUCCUCCAUGAACCUACGGAAGACCCUGCACCAACCAGCUAUGGGUGUCAUUGAAUCAUUUUUGCGCGCUUGUACCCAAGUUCGUCCAGUCCGACAAGACCGCCAGUCCGAGGACCGCCUUGAUGCAUUGAAUCCACCAACAGCCACGCCAUGUGCCACGACCACCAAGUCCAAGAACCGCCUUGAAGCAUGGAAUCCAGUCGACGACAUGCUCACGGGUAUCGCUGGCGCAAUGUCAUCCACGGCAAGCACCGUGCCUGCCAUAAGGAGUGCAGAAACUACCAAGGCGAGCACUGCUGAUGUCGACCAACUUGUAGCUAUGGACGAAACCUUCAUCAUGUUUCACAUGACGAACAAAAUGCUGCUGGUUCCAACAGGAACGAAGCAAGUUGGGUCGGUCAACCCCAUCGACGAUGAAAAGAAGGGUGUUACUUUGGCUGUUGCUUGUGAGAAAAGCGUUGUUGUCUUUAACGCUACCCACUGGAUGACGCAGUAUAUCUUUACGAUAUUUCUGGCGUGGCUCAAGACACUCUUUAAAGGCGACAAGAUCG